AUGCCCCUCGACACAAGCACCUACUCGCUCGCGCUCCUCCGCCUCGACGGCCGCCGCUGGAACGAACUCCGCCGCAUCCACGCGCAAAUCUCCACACAAGCCGCCGCAGACGGAUCCUCGUACCUCGAAAUGGGCAACACCAAAGUCCUCGUCUCGGUCACCGGCCCCGCCGCAGAAGGCAAGCAAAGCGGCCAACGCGGCACCACCAGCGACAAACUCGCAAAAAUAGACGUUGAAAUAAACUUUGCGGGCUUCAGCGGCGUGGACCGCCGGAAGCGCAAGACCGACAAGAAGACGAGCGAGAUGGAGCAUUGUUUGCGCUCGGCGUUUGAAGGCGUGCUGUCGCUGCAUUUGUAUCCGAGGUCGACGAUUACGAUUAAUGUGCAUGUUGUGUCGCAGGAUGGGUCGUUGCUCGCGGCCUGUCUGAAUGCGGCGACGCUGGCGCUGGUGGAUGCGGGUAUACCGAUGACGGAUUACCUAGUUGCGUGCACGGCGGCUUCGUCUGCGUCGGCUGAGGCGGCGGAUAAUGCGUCGGCGGAUGAUCCGCUGCUGGAUCUGAAUAAUCAGGAGGAGUUGGAGUUGCCGUUUUUGACGGUCGCGACGCUGGGGGAGAGCGACAAUGUGGCGGUGUGUGUGAUGGAGAGUAGAGUGCGCAUGGAGAGGCUGGAGAGUAUGCUGGCCGUGGGGAUUGAGGGGUGUAAGAGGAUGCGGGGGAUAUUAGAUGAUGUUGUGAAGGGUUAUGGAAAGCGAUUUGGUUGA